AGGAAAAGCUGCCUUCGCCGAACGGGUCCCGCGGUGCACGUUUAGCAGAGGCUCCCGUGCGCGUAUUUAAACCCAAACCCGCGGUCCGAGCUCCGUUCUCGUUCCCUUUGCCCCGCGCUGUCCGGGAGUUGCGCGGUUCCUCAGCGGAACGGGCUGCUCCCGGCGCGGUGCUUCAGCUCCGCGUUAUCAGAGCGCUCGGCUCUGCCCUCGUGAGCUGCCCGCGUCCCCGAGGCGCGAUGAGCACAGCUCGGGUCGCGCUGCCCCAAUGGGAACGUUUGACAUCAAGUGGCACAGUACGAAAGUAUUGGGAAAGCAGUUUAAACUCCUUUCCCUGCCCCAGUUAUCACGUGGAGUCAAGAGGUGCGAGGCAGUAACCAAACAGGCAUCUCCACAGUCAGAUGAAACAAAGAGCAGCGGCCUCGCAUUGCACUGGGGAGGUGCAGCUCCGUGCUCCGCGCCUGCCCCACGAUGCUGGGAGAAUUCCAGUUAGGAGGAAAUUCCUCGUUCGGAAAUACCAACCCAGAGAGACCAAAAAGAAAACUUGUCUGCUGGUAGCACGUCCGGCUUUCCCGAGGACACCCCGCGAACCACUGUGUUUCUCUGCUGGGGGACCAACACUGGUGGGUGAGGGCUGUGAAGAAAUUCUUCCUCAUCAUGUUUUGGGAAGUCUCCAGGAGUUCAGGAUGGAAGCCUUGGCCAGAGGAAACGCUCAGAUAGCAGAUUUUAUUGAGGUUCCUCAUAAACACGUCACUGCAGCCGUAUUAAAAGAGGAACAUGGAGGAGAGACAAGGAGAAAGUUUCAUCAGACCCCACCGUCAGAGCACAAAGCUCUGCAGAACUGGCACCGUAAUAUGGCAAUCAGGAAGAAGCAGGAGAGGUAUCUAGGAGAAAUUCUUCAGAAGCCAGAGAACGAGUUGCUGAUGAGCAUCUCAGAGGAUUACAGACAAAUCCAGGAAGAACGUGACCUCAUUGACCGUAGUCUCCCUGCACUGUUUCCUGGAAAGGGCUACCGCGCAGGAAGCGAGUUCUGGAGCCAGCCCGAGCGCAUCGGAGAUGAGCUGACCGGCCUGACAAUGACACUGACACGGAGAGAACAGGGCUGCCCAGAGCCAGUCACUCAUGUGGGGAAGCCCCACACGAUUCAGAUGGAAACGGGUGUGAAGCCUCCAAAGAGGAUCCCUUUCCGUCUAACCUGGGAUAAGAGUCUUUUCCUGAAACGUCGGCGGCAGGAGCUAAAAUCUAUCCUAGAGGAAUUAGAUUUUCACAAGCCAGAUCUGGAUGGCCUGGAGGUGAUCGGUAAAGGGCAGCCUUCCACGUCUGUCUCAACACAGUCUGUUCCAUCUUCCACCAGUUUUGAAGAUUCUGAGACCUCCAGCGACUCCUUAAAGGACCAUCUCAGUGUGGUUCCAGAAACAGUACUGGGUCCAUCUUUAGUCUUCUGUGGCCAGCCUGCACGUUGGAUCAACUGCAUCGCUUCUUGCAGGGAUGAAGUUGGCAUUGCUGCCAGGCUCACUUUUGAGACUGUGGCUGGUGAGAAAGCUGAAAGCUUCCUGACAGUGAGCAAUGAUGGCACAGCUGCUGUCUGGUAUAACUGGAGGAGGGUUCUGCAGCAGAUCCCUUCCAGAGAAACCACGAGGAUGCGGAUGCGGUGUUUUUACUUUGAUGCCAGACCAGGUGUAAUUCUGCCUGGAGAAACUAGAAAGUUUUUUUUCCUUUUCAAGUCUGAGAGAGCAGGCAUUUUCAGCGAGUCCUGGGAGUUCAGGACGCAUCCUCUGUUAUUAGGAGGAGCUCUGCUGCAGGUGACCCUUUGGGGAAUUGCUGUGUGUGAGGAUAAAUUGGCUGACCUCAGAGAAAAACUGGAGGCUGGCCUGGCUGCUCGGGAGGGUGCUGCUAUUGUGGAGGAGACUCUGAGGGACCUUCUUGUCCGAAUUCGGACCCCAGAGCGCACCCCGUCUCCCGUGGAUGCCUACGUGACAGAGGAGGAGUUGUUCCACAGGAGGAAUCCCAAGUUGCAUUAUCAGCAUCAAGUGGUAGAGCAGCUGCAUGACCUAUGGAGACGGCACGUGACUGCUCCUUCAGGCUGCGGGGAGGAGGUGCCCUCCGACCAGGACAGCGCUCUGGAGGACGGGGGGUCCCGGGAGAGCGUCCUGGAGGCUCUCUCCGCUCAGAGCAGCACUACAGAGGUCUCGGGCUGGACGAACACGCUUGAAGUGACUCCGAGUCAAGUGACAAACGUGGGGGAGGAAGAACGCGGCCCCUCACCAUGGAACUUCUCAUUCGAGGACUUGAAGCAGGCUCUGAAGACGAUCCCCCAGGAGGAGCAGCGAGAAGAAGCACUGACCCAGCUCAACAAGGCAGCGCUGGAGCUCUGUGCUGAGCAGAGAGCAACUCAGUCAGACCUUCUGCAUCAAACCUGUCUCCAGCUGUGGCGUGAAGCAGUAGAUGGGCUGGCGAGUCACUCUCUGAGGCUGAGGUCCCAGCUUGGCUUGCCUGAGAGGGACACCUGCAUGGAUGUUCUUCCUGAGGGAGGAGAAGAAAGCAAGAAGGAAGAAAAGCAACCUAUAAAAGGAGGAGAAGGCGACAAAACAACGGGGAGAAGAGAAGAGAGAACAUCGGUUGGUGGUAAGGAUAAAGAAGACAAAAAAAGAACAACGAAGACAGCUGGAAAAGAGAAAGAGGAACGCCCAAGCAGCAGAAAGUCAAAAGUAAAAGAGAAGAAGAAGCUGAAAUCUUUGGGCUCAGCAGAGAAAGAGGUAGCACAGCCUGCAGGAGCUGUAGCUACAGACACCAUCGAGCCUCCUCAGGAGCAGGUGGACCCUAUUCUUGGGGCGAUGUACCAGGAGAAACUUUAUGUCGAAGGAGGAGCCAGGUGGCACAGGGCUGCUGGUGUGACAUUUCUGCAAAGGAGAAGGAACACAAAGGUGGAACUCUGUGUGAUGCUGGUGCUGCUCCUGCAGCCUUGCACGGGGACCUUCCUGGGGACAAUGCAUGGCCGGGCCAAGGGCUGGGUGCUGCAGGCAUCCCCCAGCCAGCUCCGUUCUUGUCUUUCACACCGAUUUGUGCAAGUUCCAUGACUGGAAAUGUGAAAUUAGAGCUGCUUUCCAAAGGGCAUUCUUAGAAACACGUACCCCUGCUGAGCUGUUUGUCUGUCUUUGGAUGGAAGAUGUGGGCAGUCCUGUGCUGCGAGGGCCGUGUCCCCGCCGUGUGAGGCCUAGCAGCAGGCCCGGCCCGCGCUGUUUGUGUUGGUGUUAAUCAUUUGUACAGUUCGCUGUGACACCGAGGUGAGUGACCUUCCUGCCUGUGUGAGCUGCAAACCAAAAUCUGCACUCGUGGGGCCUGGUGACACCGUGACUGAUUGAGGAGCUGGGAAGGAGGAUUGCGGGAAAGCACCGCGCCUUUCCAGGGGCUCCACAGCUGCAGAGCAGCCAGCCUGCCCCAGGGCUCGCCACUGCCUGCAGCGGGGGCUGCAGCCCACCCAGCAAACCCUGUGCUGGAGCAGGGCUUGAAGGGCCACAAGUUGCGGCUUCUGCGUGGGGAGCAGGGACAGGGCCGACAGAAGAGCCAGGGGCCGGGCAGCGCCUUGUGGGAAGCCUUCCUGCUCGGGCUGACUCGUCCGGGUUGACCUGGAGGAGGGUUUGGGUGCUGGAAGCGCUGUGAUGCUUGAUGCGCAUUCAGCUCGUGCAGCCAAACCCUGCUGGGAGAGCCAGCUAACGCGGUGUGCGCAGCCCCCGGCAGCACGUGGCUCCGCUGUCCUCUCCGUGCCACCCAGGGCAGCAGCCUCAGCGCCCGGGGCGAGCUGCGUCUCUGCUGUGCACCAUGUGCGCUGCGAUAAAGGCAGACCCCCUCCAGAAUGCCCCAGCACCCAGGAAAGCUUCCUAUUAUGGAAAAUGUCAGCGACAUUAAAGAGAUUAUAUAUAUCCAUAAUA